GCCAUCGCACCUCCUCGCGUCUCGUCUCACCGCUGGGCCGGGCGCCGUUAAACAUCUUGCAUCCACCAGCAGUCCAGCACGUUUCUCUGCGGGCGAGAAGAGCAGGGCUGGGCGCAUCCAAUACCGCGAUGCCGUUCUUGAGCCCCCUGGGUGGCGAAGACGCCGACGACUUCUACUUCGGCUACGACGCCGGGUACCACCGCAGCGGCGGCGCGGGCAAGAGCGCCAAGAAAGAGGAGAAGAAAAAGGAGAAGGGCUUCCUCUCCUGCCUCCCCUGCUUCAUCCCCUGCUCCCCCGGCGCCUCCGACCCCACGGCGCACCGCCGCCUCCUGUCUUCGGACUCAAGCGACAGCGACAACGCGGCGGCCGCCAUGGAUAUCACCGCCGACCUCGCCCGCCUCCGCGAGCGCUACUACCGUCUGGCCGCCGGCCCGCCCGUCCGCCCCCGCGACGUCCCCGGCCUGGUGGCGCGCCCCGACGACCCGCCGCUCGCCGUGUCCGCGCUCUCUUGGCUCGGCGGGGACCUCCGCCCGUCCUGCAUGCUCGUGGCGCUGUUGCCUGCAUUGUUCCCGUCCCUGCCCGUACACGCCCGCCACGCGCUCUCCGCCGCGGCCCGUCGCCUGAGCGCCCGCGAGGCCGCGCUAGACGAAGAGGUGGCCGAGUACAAGGCCACCUACGCCAUGAAGCUGGCGUGCGAAAAGACCAAGGACCGCGUCGCCGAGACGGCCGCCGAGGAGAUGUGCAAGAUGGCGCGCGCCGCGCGCAGGGCCGACAAGCUGCGGUGGCGCGCCGUGGAGGCCGCCGCCAGGGAGGUGCUCGCGCCUGCGCAGGCAAAGGAGUUCCUCAAGGCCGUCGAGGACGUGUCGGGCAAGGUGGCGCGGCACGGCGCCCGGUGGCGCGCGCGCGCCGGGACGCUCACGGUCCCCGUCGAGGCGUUCGAGCGCGUGCGCACCAACGCCAGAGCGGCUGCGGACGAUACAUGGUGACUGACUGACUGGUGAGGUGAGGUCUCUUUCUGACGAUGGCAGAUUGAGCCAUCUUCUUCUGCAGAAUUCACCCUGUUGUGGUCAUGGGUUGGUGUGGCUUACUAUGACUUGGAUUGCGUCAGAAAGGACGAUCAAAUGAACGUUGGUAUGUGGUCACUCCGUAACUGCAAAGGUUAAUUGGAUGUGAAAUAUGAUACGAAACAUGAAAUGAAAUACUACCGAAAUUAACUUUUUGCCAAUAUGGUUGAUAUAUGCU